UUAUAAAAAUAAAUAAAAAAACACACACACACACACAGAGACAAAGAGAGAGAAAAGAGAAGAGAUAUCGCCGAUGAAGAAUCUCCGCCCUGCUCCACCGCACCGCCACCACACCUUCGUGGAAGAUUUGUCUCUCUCAAGCUAAGGACCUAUUUGAAAAGUCGCUCGACCAGCGGAGAUCAGCCAAGUUAGAUCGGCUUUCACCGUCCACCGCCGCUCGUCCUCCUCCACGCUGCCAAGACUGGGUCAGAUCGGCAUCUCUGUCUAUUCGAUUCCUAUUUCUUUUUUCAAUCGUCUGUUUAUAGAUCCCAUCAAUGACUUUCCUGAACAGUGAAGGAGCCUCCUCCUCUUCUUCUUCUUCUUCCACUCGCCGAUGGAACUAUGACGUCUUCUUGAGCUUUAGAGGUGAAGAUACCCGCGAAGGUUUUACCAGCCAUUUAUAUAAGGCUUUGUGCGACAAAGGCAUCAACACCUUCAUCGAUGAUAAACUUCAUAGGGGAGAAGGAAUUUCGGAAGAACUUAUCCAAGUCAUCCAAAAUUCAUCGAUUUUGGCUAUUGUCUUCUCUGAAAACUACGCCGACUCCAUAUGGUGCUUGGAUGAACUUGCUGAGAUUGUUGAGUGUAAAGAAAAGGACCAAGAGGUUCAAAUUCUUCCAGUUUUUUACAACGUUGAUCCAUCAGAAAUACGAAAUCAAAAGGGAAACUUUGGAAAAGCACUCGCUAAACAUGAAAAGAAGUUGAAGGAUAACAAGGUGCAGAGGUGGAGGGAUGCUCUAAUAAAAGCAGCUAAUGCAUCUGGGUGUCAUUACAAGAAAGGCUGCGCUACAUAUAAGUCUGAAUCUGACUUCGUCCAAAACAUUGUUGAAGAGAUAGCAAAUGCUAAAGUAAAUUGGACGCAGUUAUAUGUUGCUGAAUACCCAGUUGGAAUAAAGUCUCGUGUAGAGGCCAUAGAGUCACUUUUAGAUAUUGAGUCAGAUGAAUUUUGCGUGGUAGGGAUUUAUGGCCUUCCUGGUAUAGGAAAGACUACAAUUGCAAAAGCUGUUUAUAAUAAAAUUGCUAAACAUUUUGAUGGAAGCAGCUUUUUAAUGAAUGUUAGAGAAAAUUUGGGGACAGAUGCUGGCAUAAUCAAACUACAAGAGCAACUUCUUAAUGACAUCUUAGGGGAUGGUAAUUGGAAAGUGGGCAACAGAUUUAGAGGAAUCAAUUUGAUAGAGAAGAGACUUUGCUGUAAAAGGGUUUUUUUAAUUCUUGAUGACGUUGAUGAUUCGACAAGAAUAGAAAAUUUGCUUGGAAAAUGUAAUUGGUUUGCUUCCAGAAGCAGAAUCAUUAUAACAUUAAGAGAUAGACACUGGUUAGCUGCCCUUAAAGAAAAAGUUUGUACAACUUACAAGGUCAAGGAAUUCAAGGUCGAGCAAUUAAACAAACAUGAAGCUCUUCAACUCUUUAAAGAGCAUGCCUUUCCUGGAAACAAACCCCACAAUGAAGAUUAUUCUAAACUUGCAACUAAAUUCAUAGAUUUUGCUAAUGGCCUUCCACUAGCUCUAGAAAUAAUUGCUCGUGAUUUGUGUGGAAAAGCUAAAGAUGAAUGGGAAAGUGCAUUAGAUAUGUAUAGCAAAAUUCCCAAUAAAGAAAUUCAAAAAAUACUUAGAGUAAGUUAUGAUGGAUUGAAUGACACUGAGAAAGAUAUUUUUCUAGAUAUUGCAUGUUUCUUCAAAGGAUGGUACAAAGAUUAUGUGGUAAAGAUAUUAGAUGCUUGUGAAUUAUAUCCAAGUUUUGGUAUUCCGAGACUUGUUAAUAAGUGUCUUGUAGUUGUUGAUCAAUAUGGUAGAUUGUCAAUGCAUGACUUGGUACAACAAAUGGGCAAGGAAGUUGUUCGACAACAAGCACCAGACAUCCUCGGAAAACGUAGUAGGUUAUAUUGUUAUAAGGACUCGCUUGAAGUACUAACUAGAAAUAAGGGAUCAAAAAAAAUUCGAGGCAUAAUGUUGCAUUCGCCUCAACCAGUAGAGGUGCAACUACACACUGAAGCUUUCAAAAGGAUGGAAAAUCUCAAAUUUCUAAUAGUUGAGAAUGUACAUAUUUGUAAACCACUUAAAUUUCUUCCCAACAAUUUAAUACUUCUUAAGUGGCCCGAUUAUCCUUUUCACUGGCCAUCCGAAUAUUUUCCUGAACAACUUGUUGCUAUUGAGAUGCCACGUAAUUGCAUUAGACUGCCGAAGUUAAUCAACCAGGAAUGGCGGUUAGAAAAUUUGAAAGAUGUCAAUUUCGAACGUUGUGAAUUUAUUACGAAAUUACCUAAAUUAUGGGCCCCAAAUUUAGAGAGUUUGGAUCUUGCUUUUUGUAAAAAUUUAGUUGAGAUUGAUGAAUGCUUUGGAUCUCUUGAAAAGCUUAAAAGAUGGAACCUCGCUCAUUGCAAAAAACUUCAAUUUCUUCCAAGCCAACUCAAGUUGAAAUCUCUUAAAUAUUUUUGUCUUACUAGUUGCUCGAGGCUUGAGAAGCUCCCUAAUUUUCAUCCAGAAAUGGGAUGUUUAGAGAUUUUAUAUUUAGGUGAGAGUGGCAUUAGAGAGUUGCCUUCAUCAAUCGAGCAUCUCACUAAGCUUGAUACAUUAAGCCUUGAUAAAUGCGAAAACCUUCGGGAUCUUCCAGAUAGCAUUUAUAAAUUGCAACAGCUUCGGAUAUUGGACACUACUACUACCAAAUUGAGACCGACAUGCAAUUUUUUUGAUAGCUCUUCAGGAUAUGGGUUUGUGGAGAUGAAACCACUGGAUUUCCAGCACUUUGAAAACAUAAUUGAAUUAGAUCUUUUAAUGAAGCUUGAUUACUUCCCCGCAUUGGAAAUGAUAGAUCUAUCUGAAACCAAUAUUGUUACCAUCCCUGAAAGCCUUAGCAGACUUCCCAAAUUAGAAUCACUUUUAAUUUCGAAUUGCAAGCAUCUUUGUGAAAUUCAAGGACUUCCCCAAUCGAUAAGAACCGUUCUUGCAGAGAAUUGCAUGUUGUUGGAUUCUCAAUCACCAAGCGGGCUAUUGAAUCAGGUAAUAGAAAUUAUAGGGAUUUUACCAAAUAGAGUUUGUGGCUGUGCAAGAAGCAACAAAUUAAUGGAUCCACAGUUCACCAAUUACUUCCCAUCUGAAACUAAGGGUGCUGAAUCUGAAGACGGGGACAUAUCAAUGGAUCCGCAGUUCUCCAAUUAUUUACCAUCUAAAGCUGAGGGCGCUAAAUAUGAAGAUGGGGACAUAUUAUUUAUCAAAAAAAAAGAAUAUGAAGAUGGGGACAUAUCAAUGGAUCCACAGUUCUCCAAUUAUUUCCCAUAUGAAGCUGAGGGCGUUGAAUAUGAAUAUGGGGACAUUGCUUGUACUCUUCAUGUACCAGGAACUGAGAUUCCAAAGUGGUUCAACCAUCAAAGUGUUGAAAAAACCAUAUUGUUCUGGGUUGGUUGCAAAUUUCCAAAAUUGGCUGUCUGUAUUGCUCUUGGACCAGAUGAGGCACAUAAGCGCUUUUAUGAUUGCUAUGUUUUCAUUUCCAUCAAUGGUUGUGAAGAACGUGAAUGUGGGUAUUUUCGUCCAUCUGAAAAUAAUUAUAAUCAUCUGUUCUUAUUUUCUCCAUGUCAAUGGCUUCUGCAGCAGCAUUUGAAAGAAUCAAAUCCAACUGAACUGAAUCGCGUUGAGGUUACAUAUAGAACCUGUUUUGCUCAUUAUGAUGUUGAACCCAAUCCUUGUAUUGAGCCACUAAAUCCCACCCUCAUAAAAAGGUGGGGGGUCCAUGUAGAAUGCACUUGUCCUCCUCAAGAAUCUGUAAUACCUAACUUGCCCCUUCUAACUGCUGGACGUGAUGAUGAUGAUGUCGUUGAUUACCAGCGUGAGUUGACAUUUUAUGGAUCUGAUGAUAAAGAAGAAUAUCAGUCUCCUCUGGUCCUUGAUGACACAUCUAUGUCAUGCAUGAGUUGGCUAGUUGAGCCAACCACCAGGCUUUUUAAGCUAUUUUGCUUUUGCAGCCCCAGAAAUUUUUCCUGAAAGGGUGAUUGAGGCCCUUAGACCUUAGUGCCCACCAGCCUAAACAUUUCAUUCUGUUCUGUCGAGUAAAAAAAGAAAAAGGUGGUGCUUCCUAAGGAUACAACAAAUGAAUACAACUUAGCCUUGGGCAGGGCAGAUAUGCAUUUUGGCUUAACCGUUAGUGGUGGGUUUUGUUUGUGUUCAACUUCAACAGCCCAUGACUUUGUCAACUUCAAUCUCUAUUCAUCAUCGAAGAAACUGAGGGCAUUUUGAUGAACUCAGAGGAAAUAUGCCUCAAUAAAAAAAUCACAUUGAAACUGUUUCUCCUCUUUUGUUUCUGUCCGGUUUCUUUUGCAUUUGAUGCCAAGGUGCUGAAGGUAUUACUGUGGCAGUUGCUUCUAAAGAUAGCACCCUAAAGGCUGUAGAAGGUAAUUGGAAAAAGCCAAUAAGCUGUAACUCAAAUGACAAAGAAGGAAAGCUACUAAAUCAAAGUAAUAGAAUGAACCUUUUUGCAUAAA